UAAUUUAUUCACUUUGCCUUGAGAAUGGUGUCAGGAUGACGCUGAAACAUCGGCUAUUAACUCUAAUAUUUGCUUGUUUAUGUUUUUAAAAGUCGUUGUUGAUCAAGAAUUAAAUUCCAUUUGUCAUUUAUCUGAGUUUCGUGUCAGUAUGAUAAAUUAUGUAAUGUUUUGUAUUCCUUUAAGAAUCCACAAGGAUAAAUCUUUUCACUGUGAGGUGUGUAAUGUCUGUCUUGAUAAACGUCUUGAAGGAAAACAUAAGUGCAGAGCAGAUUCUGGACACGAUGAAUGCUGUAUCUGCCUAGAGGAUGCGUUCAGUGGUUGCCAAAUCUUACCUUGUUCACAUAAGGUACAUCGGGAAUGCGCCAUCGCUAUGAUACAGAACGGAAUUCGCACGUGCCCAGUGUGUCGACACCCACUGUACAGCCCAGCUUCAGAGUGAACUUCGAUUCCAAACAAGCUUUUACUUGAUGUCGAACUAUUUGAUGUCGCGGAUUUUCCAGAUCAGAAAGAAAAAUUCAGAAUCAAUCAAGUCUCCAGAGUAAAGCAAUGCAAAUGGAAAAUUGGGAACAUAAAGAAGGCCAUUCCCGUAUCUUGAUUAAGGAGGAUUGUUGUGUUAAAUUGAGAUGAAGCUACUGGGUGCCACUACCGGUGUGAUCUUUGUUGAUUUUCGUGUCCUCUCAAAGAUCGCCUUUUGUCGGGUUAACUCCUGCUUUCCAAACUGUUUGCAGUUAGCGCCACGUCACAUCUAAUAUUACCACUCAGAAUACAAACUCUGACCUAUAUUAAGAUGACUAGUGACGAAGGAACAGCAAAAAGAGCUGGCUUGGAAAGACAGACCGGACUACCAAUGAGCAAGCUCUCUGUCUCUUGAGCUCACAAUUUCAGACUGGUGUCUUUGGCGUGAAGUCAAAGGAUUACAGCAUUGAGACAAUGAUAAGAUACUUAACUCUAUCUUUUUGCUAAAUAUAGGUGAUUACUUUGAUGAAGAAACAAUAGAAAGUAAUUACUUCGUUCAGUUUAAUGGGUGAUUUUGUGCUGUUAUCCACUAAGGCAAAUUCGUUGAUGGCGUUGGCCAUUAAUCCCGUUCAUUUUGUUUGGAAAGUUUUUCUUUGUUAUUGUUCAUUGUUCAACAUUGUAAUUUCUGAGAAAGAAAUUCAGUUUAUAUCAUGGCUAUUUCAAUAAUAUUGUGUUAUUAUUAUAUCCCAGUCUUAAAUUUAUAGGCACCAGAUUUCUCUUUCUAAUCUAUGAGAAUUUCAACAAAUAUUUAUUCAAAUUAUUCAAUCAUUCAUUCUCAUAAAAUACCUCUAAAUACUUUAUUUCAUUAUUCAUCACCCUUAUGUAUGUAAGUAUGAAAAUACUACUUUGUUUGAUUAAAUACAGUGGUGGUUGAAGGCUUAAUGUGAUA